AUGGCUGAAAGGGAUAUAAUAGCCAUGAAGGAUACACUUCGUGCCCAACAACAACUUCUGCAGAAGCUGUAUGCGGAGCUGGAUCAGGAAAGAGAAGCCUCGGCAACUGCAGCAAGUGAAGCUAUGGACAUGAUACUGCGCUUGCAAGGAGAAAAGGCUGCGGUGAAGAUGGAGGCGAGUCACUAUAAGAGAAUGGCAGAGGAGAAGAUCGAUCAUGCUGAAGCCACUCUUGAAAUUUUUGAAGACCUUAUGUAUCAGAAGGAAAUGGAAAUUGCUUCUCUCGAGUUUCAAGUCCUGGCUUACAAACACAAACUUCUGAGCUUGGGGUGUGAUUUCAAUGCAAGUGAGUUUGAAUUUCCUGAAGACCUGCUGGUGGUUACAAAUGAUCAAAACAAUGAAGAAAAUGGUCAAAGUAGCACUGUAAGAAGGCUAAGUUCAUUGCCUCCAAUUCAGUUUAAGAAUACCUUGAGAGCUCCCAGAAAGAGAGAAAGAUCAUCUAGUCCCAUUCCAGUUCCAGUUCCAGAUGUCAUUCCAAGAAUGGUGGAUAGCAGUGACCAGGAAGUUACUUCCACAAGCUUGGAUUUGCCAAGAAAGUCCAUAGACUAUGAGUAUGGAACCCUUGAUUCAUACUGGAACCAGAUCAAAAGGUUAGAUGAAAAAGUGAAAGUGAUUUCAGAUUGUAAAGAAUCAGGAGGAGAAAAAUGUGCAAACCUGAGAAGUAGAAGAGGGGUUUCAUGUUCACUAUUUUCACAAGCAAGCAUUGAGAUAGCCUGUGACCAAACAGAUAGACUACCCCCUAGAAAUUCAGAUAAACUAAAUCAUCGUGAAGGUACACAGGAUAGAGUUCCCUCCGGCUCGGUUAAUGUCCAUGAUGUAUUUGAAGUCCCACAAACUAGUGAAAAGCAUAAAGUCAGUGAACAUGGGAAAAAAAGACUUGAGAAAUGGAUUUCAGAUGCAGAUAACAGGUUAACAAAACCAGACUCGGUGUCUGUGGAAAUCAUAGAAUCACAUGUUAAACAUGACAUGGACAAGAUAAAGAGCAAGCUUAGCACACAUCAUGAAAGCAAAUUACCUAGUCCCAAAGAUAUGAAGACCAUUGUUUGGCAGAAAAAAGAAGGGAUGGAUGUGGAUUGCAAUACUCAAGCUGAGUUUCGGAAGUUGCAUCAAAGAAUUGAUCGGCUUGAGAGGGAGAGAGUUAGUUCAAGGCAAGAGAUUACGCAUGAAGGGGAUGGGGAAGAGCAUUUGAGGUUGUUGAAGGACAUACACAAUGAAAUCAAAUCAAUACAAUCAGAGAUGAGGAGCUGGAAAACCAAAAAUGCUGCAACUAAGGAGGAUAUUCCUUUGGGUCCUCUUCAAGAGGUAAUGUAUACACUGGUGCUUUUGCCUUCUCUUUUGAGAAAAUAA